AUGUCAAACAAUAUUGUAACACCAAAGAGAGCACUCCUUGUUGUAGAUGUUCAAAAUGAAUAUGUUGAUGGCGGUUUCAGAAUUCAGUAUCCACCGGUAAGCAUUUCGUUGCCAAACAUUGUAAAGAUUAUGGAUAGUGCAGAGGAAGCAAGAGAUCCCAUUAUCUUAGUUAGACACUAUGCACCUGAGGGUGUUCCAAUUUUCGCCAAAGGCACCAACGGUUUCGAAUUGCAUCCACAAGUAGCUAAUCGUCACCACGAUCUCUUGAUAGACAAAACACUUCCCUCUUGUUUCGCCGGAACCAAUCUAGAGAGUUUCCUAAAGUCAAAGGAUAUCAAUACCUUAGUCAUUGUUGGUUAUAUGACACACAACUGUGAUGCCACCACCAUCUUUGAAGCUCAUCACCGUGGAUACAAUGUAGAGUUCAUUUCCGAUGCAUCUGGAUCGCUUCCCUAUGAGAACAAAGCUGGCUAUGCUUCAGCGGAAGAGUUACACCGUGUAUUCUCUGUUGUUUUCCAGAGUAACUACGCUUCAGUCUCGACCACCGAAGAAUGGUUAGAACUCUCAAAGAAAGGAACCGUCUUACCAGUUAGUAAUUAUCUUGAAUCAAACAUUGCUGGACUCAAGAAAGAACAAAACAACAUCAAAAUUUAA